ACUUCUUCCCCGGUUGGUCAAAAUGGCAGACGGACGAAAAUUUCUUAUUUUGCAAAUCCUGGUCCAAAUUUUGCUGCUGCUGCAUUCCGCAGUGGCACAUUUAUCUGGAGAAAAUGAAAAUAAAUCAAGCAUAAGAUAUGGAAUAACUCCUACAGUUGGUAUGCCAUGGCCUGCACCUAAGUCGAUGGCAAUCUCCAAAACUGCCUUUCUUCUGGAAGCAGAAAAUUUCCAGUUCAGAACCACUGGCCAGGAUUGUGAUAUCAUUCUAGAGGAGGCCUAUCGCCGUUACUAUGGUGAUAUCUUUUACAUCCAUAAUGAUGAUCGUUCAACCCUACGAUUUGCGAGUAGGACAAGACGGCCCGGGUCGCCCCUUGCCAUGGGUCUCAUCGAGGAACUUGACGUAAAUGUUUUGAAAGUGUGUGAAAAGUUUCCGUCGCUCGGCAUGGAUGAAUCUUAUCAUCUGCAAGUGCAGGCUCCAAAAUCUUUGCUGAAUGCAAAUACAGUUUGGGGAGCCUUGAGAGGUUUGGAGACAUUUGCUCAGACGAUCUACCAGACAUUGGAUGGUGAGUUCAUGGUCAAUGGUUCGACCAUCGAUGAUGCUCCAAGAUUUUCUCAUCGAGGAUUGUUGAUUGACACAUCCAGGCACUUCGUUCCAAAGUCAGUUUUGUACAGAAAUCUGGAGGCCAUGUCACAAAACAAGAUGAAUGUCUUCCAUUGGCACAUUGUUGAUGACCAGUCUUUCCCGUAUGAAAGUAAAACAUUCCCGGAUCUGAACAGAAAGGGUGCCUUUGAGCCUCAUUUCCAUGUUUACACCCAAGAAGACGUUGCUGAAGUCAUAGAAUAUGCAAGAUUGAGGGGAAUAAGGGUAGUACCAGAGUUUGACACACCAGGUCAUACUGAAUCAUGGGGUCCAGGUCAACCAGGUUUACUUACUAAGUGCUACAGCGGUGGAAAGCCAAGUGGGAGCUUUGGACCCAUUGAUCCAUCUGUCAACACAAGCUUUGCCUUCAUGGAAAAAUUGUUAAAGGAGAUCUUUGCUGUGUUCCCUGAUAAAUAUGUUCAUCUUGGUGGGGACGAAGUGUCAUUUACAUGCUGGCAGAGUAAUCCUAUUAUCAGCAGCUUUAUGAAGAAGAUGGGAUUUGGCACUGACUACAGUAAACUGGAGCAAUAUUACAUGCAGCAUAUUUUGAAUAUAAUUGAUGGCUUCAAGUCUGAUGAUCAGUAUAUUAUCUGGCAAGAAGUGAUUGAUAAUGGAUGCAAGGUUAGUCCAAAGACAGUUGUUGAAGUGUGGAAGGGAGGGUACCAAGCCGAACUUGCCAAAGUGACCAAAAUGGGCCUGACCACGCUGCUAUCGUCUUGCUGGUACCUGAACUAUAUAUCCUAUGGAAGUGACUGGACAAAGUAUUAUGCAUGUGACCCUCAAGAUUUCACAGGAACUGAUGCACAGAAAGCGCUUGUGAUUGGUGGUGAGGCCUGUAUGUGGGGCGAGUUUGUGGAUGGCACAAAUCUGGUGGCUAGAACUUGGCCUCGUGCAUCUGCAGUGGCUGAACGCCUUUGGAGUCCGAAGUCUUACACAAGCACUUCAGCGGCAGCUCCACGUCUUGAGGAACAACGUUGUCGCAUGUUAAGACGUGGUCUAGUUGUUGAACCUGUCAACGGUCCUGGUUGGUGCCUUCACGAAGUCCAUGGAAGAAGGGACGUCAAUGAGGAGCGAAAAUUCAGGCCAAUUUUCCCCGAGUUCAAGAGAGAAAACCUGUAAACUGAUGUAACCCAAGAUUUUUUCCUAUUGCUUUUCAUGCCCACUGAAGACACUUUUGAUUUUUACUGAUAAAUAAAUGAGUUCUACAAGCAUGAUUUGCAUCAAAUAUGGAAAAAAAUCUUUCCCAGGCUCUUAGAAGGGCAUGCUGGUUGGUAAAUUGGAAGGCCUGUCUUGAAUACACCUGAUUCUCAAUCAGCUGAGGAACUGAUACAAAUACAUGUAGUUCAACCGUGCCAUUAGAUUAGUUUUUGCUUUAUUUCAACAAUUAUUGUUUAUGCGCUUUCGUAUAGAAUAUAUUGGUGCUUCAUCUCAAGGUUGAUAGAGGUUUUAAAAGGUAAUAAUGUACUUUGUUGUAGUGGGAAAAGCAAAAGUGCAGCUGAGAUAUACUUAAAAGGACUUGAAUGUGCUAAUUUGUUAAAACAUGUCCUCAUCUUGUACUGGUCACAUUCCAUACUCAUUUUGUACAACAAUAUGAUAAUUAUAUAAAAUAAUAGUAAUAAAAUUGGGCAAUUUGCUCAUA